AGAGAGGAGAGAGGAGAGAGGAGUGGGAGCGCAGAGGAGGACCGUCACACCGGAGCGGAGCAGCUGGAGGAGACACCUCCAAACACCUCAGCUUCAUCCUGCACCGCCAGUCCGAUUCCCGUCUUCGUAUUUACGUCCAGCACAGCCUUCGAGGAUUUGCCCACAGCUCAGCGUGAAGCAGGAAAACGGCCUCAGCGACUCUCCGCCAGCAUUUCGGGAAUAACCAAGGAGUUCCACUCCCCCGAGCGCACGGCUGCAUCGUGGCUCUUUCAGAAGUGGCAUGUUCGAGGGAUACCGCGGGCACAGUUGAACUCCUGCUUUCACCCAAAGAGGAUUCAAUGAAAAUGUCCGUGUGCGUCCAUGAGAACCGGAAAUCACGAGCCAGCACUGGCUCUAUGAACAUCUACCUUUUCCACAAGUCCUCGUAUGCCGACAGUGUCCUCAUGCAUCUCAACUCGCUGCGGCAGCAAAGGCUCUUCACAGACGUCUUGCUUCAUGCCGGCAGCCGCUCCUUCCCCUGCCAUCGCGCAGUGCUAGCCGCCUGCAGCCGCUACUUUGAGGCCAUGUUCAGCGGUGGGCUGAGAGAGAGCCAGGCCAGCGAGGUCGACUUCCGUGACUCCAUCCACCCAGAGGUUUUGGAGCUCCUGCUGGAUUACGCAUACUCGUCACGUGUGGUCAUCAAUGAGGAGAAUGCAGAGUCCCUACUGGAGGCUGGGGACAUGUUGGAGUUUCAGGACAUUCGGGAUGCCUGUGCCGAAUUCCUAGAGAGAAAUCUUCACCCGUCCAACUGUCUUGGUAUGCUGUUGCUGUCUGACGCCCACCAGUGCACCAAGCUGUCCGAGCUCUCCUGGGGCAUGUGUCUCAGCAACUUCCCUGCUAUUUGCAAGACUGAGGACUUCCUCCAGCUGCCCAAAGACAUGGUGGUGCAGCUUUUGUCACAUGAAGAGCUAGAGACUGAAGAUGAGAGACUGGUUUAUGAAGCUGCCCUCAACUGGAUCAACUAUGACCUGGAAAGGAGGCACUGCCAUCUCCCAGAGCUCCUGAGAACAGUCCGCCUCGCCCUGCUGCCAGCCAUCUUUUUAAUGGAGAAUGUCUCGACAGAGGAGCUGAUCAAUGCACAGGCAAAGAGCAAGGAGCUGGUGGACGAAGCUAUCCGCUGUAAGCUGAAGAUCCUGCAGAACGAUGGUGUCGUCAACAGCCCGUGCGCUCGACCAAGAAAAACCAGCCAUGCUCUCUUUCUUCUGGGUGGGCAGACUUUCAUGUGUGACAAAUUGUACCUGGUGGACCAGAAGGCCAAAGAGAUAAUCCCGAAGGCUGACAUCCCCAGUCCCAGGAAGGAGUUCAGCGCCUGUGCUAUUGGCUGUAAGGUGUACAUCACCGGAGGGAGGGGCUCGGAGAAUGGCGUAUCCAAAGAUGUGUGGGUCUACGACACUGUCCACGAGGAAUGGUCAAAGGCGGCACCCAUGCUCAUCGCCAGGUUCGGCCACGGCUCUGCAGAGCUGAAACACUGCCUGUACGUGGUAGGAGGCCACACUGCAGCAACCGGCUGCCUCCCAGCUUCUCCGUCAGUGUCACUGAAACAGGUGGAGCAGUUUGACCCGGUGGCAAACAAGUGGACCAUGGUGGCACCUCUGAGGGAAGGCGUGAGCAACGCAGCAGUCGUCAGCGUCAAACUCAAACUAUUCGCCUUCGGAGGAACAAGUGUCACCCACGACAAGCUGCCCAAAGUGCAGUGCUACGAUCCACAGGAGAACCGAUGGACUGUGCCCGCAUCUUGCCCGCAACCGUGGCGCUACACAGCUGCUGCCGUGUUGGGAAACCAGAUCUUUGUCAUGGGCGGGGACACAGAAUUCUCAGCAUGCUCUGCUUACAAGUUCAGCAGCGAGAGCUACCAGUGGACUAAAGUGGGCGACGUGACGGCCAAGCGGAUGAGCUGCCAGGCUGUGGCGUCAGGAAACAAACUGUAUGUGGUGGGUGGGUACUUUGGCACACAGCGGUGUAAAACUCUGGACUGCUAUGACCCCACGCUGGAUGCAUGGAACAGCAUCACUACUGUGCCAUACUCGCUCAUUCCUACUGCUUUCGUCAGCACCUGGAAACAUCUUCCUGCUUGAAUCCUAAACCCUCUACCUGUUUCCUCUACAUGAGAUUUCCCCGUUUUGCAUCAUCUACUGGUCUCCUGAAUGUGAAGAAGCACACAUUCUCUUCCUCUAAAAGAGACACUGAGCAGUGAUGUACAGACACCCGCAUUCAUCUCGACGUUGCAAAAAACCAGAGACACGGACACUUUGCUGGAAUGAUGUCAUCUCUCGUUUCUGAGAAGGAAGCUGAGACGUACAGUACAACAGUUCACGCAAACAAACCAAACAAACUGCUGCUUGUUUCAUGAGGCACCAAACUCCGACCUUGUGGACACCUCGUGUGCGCUUUCAUGCUGCCAUAGGAGUUCUCCCAUUUAGUCAUGACAGGCUUGUCAGGAUGUGUAUUGAUGUUUUCCUCUAUGAUAACAAAAAAAAGAAGAAAAAAAAUACUGUAUAGCAUGAUGGAUGUUCUGUUUAGAUGGAGGGAGGGGGAAUGCAAUGAUUGGUGUGCUACAUAACAAAAGCAACUCAGUUUCACUGAAUUUUUAAAAAGGCACAAUGAAGGAGCAAAUCUCCCCCCUUCUAUCCUCUAAUAAGCUCUUCUGUUUGUAUCUUCUUUUACUUAUUUCAAACUUCUCUGACACAGCCCUGACACAGAAACAGAUCUUUGAGUGUUCCUCUUAUGAAGGCUUUGGCAGUUUGCUGUCACUUGGAGUCACAAGGUGUUGAUGACCGACACCAGCUGAGGUUGAGGAGGAUGGAGGGGAUCUGUGCGUGGCCCGCGGGGUCGAGGUGCCCCCGGGUCACGACCUUACAUGUUUGCUGUUUUGCAGUUAGGCAUUGACGCCCGCUGUUAACCAUGCCGCUGUACACAGAGGCAGCAUUCAGUGUCGGGAUUCAGCGCUUCAGAAGGAACACUGUCACACUGAGCUGUAUACUUAAUGCUGUAAAAGACCGGCUGUGCUUGCUGUUAUUCUGAUAAAAGCAGCGGCUCGCUUGCUGAGUCAUAGCUGAACGCUUUUUAGAGCAUGUCCACUCAUAGUGAUUCAGUAAAACUGACAUGAACUCUCCUCUGUGGUCACAGAAAUCUUGUCACCUUAACAUAAACUGAGAAUCUAUCAGUUUCCUCUUGCUGCAAUGUAGUCUUAAUUUAUAUGGCAUAUGGAUACUCUGUUAUGUUAAUAUGUUUAAUCCUAUUUAUUUCUUCUCUGCCUGCAUUCAUAUGUGAAUGUAUGUUUGGGUUGUGUCAUGCAUGGCCAGGUGUUGUGUUUUAUUUGAUCUCAGUGGGGCUGCAUUUUGCACAGUUCAGUCUUUUCCCAGGAGGAACUUGUUCUUUUAAAAGACACAGAGGUGCAUCUCUGGAUGGAUGAGGAAGAACGGCUCACAUUACUGAUGGUGUGAAGCAGUCGUGUGUAAGGUCAUAGGGUCCCUAACCAAAUAGCAUUGAAAAGAUAAUAAUUUUACUUCCGAUAGAUUUAACCUGGGUCAAAACUUGCCUUAAAUAAACCUAAUCGAGGCCCAAACUGUACUAAUAGAACAACACAAUAUGAACCGUAAAGACUGCUAGAAUGGCGCAGUAUGUGACCCAUUAACUACCAGGGACGUCCCUGACUUGGUUAAGCAUGCGACAGUCUUUGCAGCUGUUCCAGGGACAGCUGGAGGACUGUCACAUGUGCUAACUUGGCACCUCGGGGCGUCGACCCACAGUCCUCUUAACCAUUAAGUUUGAGAAAGAGUUCAGUCCAGUAAGCUGUGCAUUGUUAAGGGCAGACACCGCAGUGCUUUUCACCAUAGUGUCAUUGAUGCACAUAAAAACUAAAAUAAAAAAAGAAAUAUUGCAAGUUCCUGAAGACCAAAAAACAGUGAAUGUCUUAAAACACUUGCAUAAGAAAUACUUGGUAACUCUAAUCAGUGUUUUGUCUGUGUGUCUGUCUCGGUGGCCUGAACAUUGACGUUUUACAGUUGAAUAUUAAUGGAAUCAUUGAAUUUCAAUGUAAGAGGUAAUGUUUUGGUGGAGUAUGUACAUAUUUUUUCAAAAUGUCCUUCUUCGUGGACUGGAGAAUCAAAUCAAAUCCUUGGGGAUCAAAUGGUAAACAACCCCGUAAAUUCCACUUCAGCUCCUUAAGCCACCCAAAAGUUCCUUUUAUUGGCAAUUUCAGGACUUCUCUGGAGACCAUUGUGGCUCCGUGAUGUUGACCUCAUCCAACCGCUGAACACAGAGCCUCUGGCCCCACCAAUCAGAUAAGAGCAUUUCUUUCCCAUAGAACACAAGUUUCCCUGGCAACAGUGAGUAAUGAAUGCCCCUUCAAUUUGCACCUAAUUGCUGAGUGGCAUUUCCCAUUUCUACUCUUGCCCUCCUCUUAUCCUCUGUUUUAUCUGGAAAUCCAGCUGGCUCAGAUUCAGAGCUCAGUAUCUCGCUUCACCUAAUGAUGUAAAUUAGACAGAAAAACACUGUCAGUGUGCAUCAGUUCUUUUCGUCAUGUAAGAGUUUAAUUUCUAUUUUUUAUGGCAUUAUUUUGUACAUGUGAUUUUUUUUCACAAUGUGAAAUUCAUGGCUAAUAAACAUAAGAGUUUUUUCCUCUUGA